AGUCUAACAAAUAAAACAAUUCCUUUGCAGUGUCAUAGUAUUAAUAUAAAAUUUAAGAAAUAAUUAGGUUGUAGUCAUGGACAAAAAUAAUCUAAUAUGUUUACCUGGACAAAGGUUGUGUCUGUGUGACGACAAAACAAUUUCAGGAGAUGGCACAUAUGAACGUCAGGGAUACAUUUAUUCCAAAUUAGCUGGCAUUGUCAAUAUAACUAUAGAAAAAGAGAAUCGAACAAUAGAAGUGCAAUCAUUAGUCGGUCAAAGUAUUGUGCCUGCACCAGGAGACAUUGUCACAGCCAAAGUAAUGAUUGUAAAUCAAAGGGUAGCUCGUUGUAAUAUAAUAUGUAUCGGUGAUACUACAUUGUCCAGAAGCUAUAGAGGGAUUUUACGUAAAGAAGACGUCAGAGCUACAGAAAAAGACAGAGUUGACAUAUAUAAAUGUGUACGACCCGGGGACAUAAUUUUAGCUAGAGUUCUGCCGAUUACAGAAUUACAUUGUUAUCAAUUGACAACAGCUGAAAAUGAGCUAGGUGUUGUUGCAUCUAUGAGCCCUGCCGGGGUACCUAUGGUACCUGUUAGUUGGACAGAAGUUCAGUGUCCGAAUACUUUAAUUAAACAGCCUAGAAAAGUUGCUAGGAUAAUACCAGAAAGUUUGGCUGUGACGACAGACUUGAAAAGUUAAUUAAUAAGAGUUUAU